AUGCAGCCGGGCUGGGGCGCUCAGAGCGGGGCUGGCAGCGCCGCGGGGAUGGACGCCAAUGGAGCGCGCAGCCCUUACUACGAUGAGGAUCUUCUGCACAAGACUAUCCUGGUCGGAGACAGUGGAGUGGGGAAGACAUCACUGCUGGUUCAGUUUGACCAGGGCAAGUUCAUUCCUGGCUCUUUUUCUGCCACCGUGGGCAUCGGAUUUACGAAUAAAGUCGUGGCAGUGGACGGUGUGAAAGUAAAAUUGCAGAUCUGGGACACAGCGGGGCAGGAGCGAUUUCGUAGCGUGACCCACGCCUACUACAGAGAUGCCCAGGCUUUGCUCCUCUUUUAUGACAUCACCAGCAAAAUGUCCUUUGACAAUAUUCGGGCCUGGCUCAUAGAGAUACACGAAUAUGCCCAAAAGGAUGUGGUCAUUAUGCUGUUAGGCAAUAAGGCUGAUGUGAGCAGCGAGAGAGUCAUCAGGAUGGAGGAUGGAGAGUCACUAGCCCGGGAAUACGGAGUGCCUUUCAUGGAGACCAGCGCCAAGACGGGCAUGAACGUGGAGCUGGCAUUUCUGGCUAUUGCCAAAGAACUCAAGCAGCGAGCUGUGCAGCAGCCGGACGAGCCCAGAUUCCAGAUUCGGGACUACAUAGAGUCACAGAAGAAAAAGUCCAGCUGCUGUUCCUUCAUGUGAGAGAGAAGGAUGGCAGGGUAGGAAGGAGGACUCGGGGCACAGGGGCCUGGUAUAAUGCAAGAGCAAGGCGGGGCUGGAGAGGAAACUGGUCAGAUUCCUGUCCUCAGGAGAUGCUCUAAAAAUAUUUCUGACCAUAAAUUACAAACAGGAAAAAGGCAAACCUACCCUGAGAGGGGGCAGGGUGUGUGUGGACGUGCACGAGUGUGGGCGGCUACGGGGAAGUUACAACAGAAGCCAAAUAAAGGCCAGUUCUGGGUUUCGCCUGACUAGCAAAUUUUACAAUGUGCGAGUCUGACCUUCGGGGAGUCACUCCUGGCAGCACAGCCAAAGCCCUGCCUCUCGGGAGUGGCUUGUGUCAGCCUCGCCUGCAUAGCCAGGACCCCAGUGAUCAGGACUUGGCUGGUUCGGCCUCCAAACAAGCCAGGGCCCAGUGUCUAUCUGGACUGGGCCAAGACAAUGUUGGCUGCAAAUCCAGUGCCCCAUUUUCAGGACGGGACCAAGUCAUCCUCAGCAGCGUAGCCACGGCCCUGUAUCUAUCUGGAUUGGGCCAGGUCAGCACUGCUGCACAGCCAGGGUCCCGCACCUUUCCAGUCCAGAGUCGCCACCUUUCUGACCAGUUUCCAUGGGAUGUCUCUGCUCUGGAGUCUCACCAGGCUGAGGGGGCCAGGGCAGCGAACAGAGCAGGAAGAACCAUUUCUCACUCUCUUGCAUUAGCAGAUGAAGUUUUCCUGCAGUGAAGGAAAUCAGCAGGAGUGUUUGCUAAAGGAAGAGGAAUGGGAGACCUUUUCCCUGUGACAUCUGGUCCCUCCCCAUUCCCCUCACCUCCCCCAGACCCCUCUUGUGUGCCCACUUCCUCCUGCCGCUGAGCAUGUCCCAAGCAAAGGACUUGGGGUGCUCAGUGUUAUUACAGUGCCUGUUAUGUUGGAAGAAAGCUGCCGACCGCAGCGUUAGUGGAGAGAAAGGAGAUCACUGUCUAUUUUUCUGACUUUAAAAAGAAAUGUUUCAAAUCUGCUCUUAUUUAUAUUUAUCUCAGGCCAAACCUAUAUUUAAUCCUUUACCAGAGACCAAGUCCAGCAUGCCACGGACGCGCUCUGGACCCCGCCCCGCCCCUGUUCUAAAGCAUUGGCACCCACGCUGCUAAGGUGGGGGUGAGCAUGAAGCCAGCAUUGCCAGCCUGUUUGGAAAAAGGCUGUGGCCACUUGCUGUGGAAUCCACCCCCUGGCAGCCACCAGGACAGGGGAGGUCUUAUUCUCCCAGCUCAUGCCAUUGCACUCCCCUGGUCGCUCUCCUACCGAUGGCGCUAGGAGCUGCACCUCUUGCUGUUGAAAUAAUACUGCUAAAAAUUAAGGGCCUGAUCCAAAGCCCGCUGAUGCCUUUGAGAGUCUCCCCAUUGAUUUCACUGGGCUCUGGAUCAGGCCCUAAUUGCUGAACGACCUGGUGUUUCGUGCUCUCAAAGGCAACCCCCUGCUGCCUCUCUCCAGGCAUAACCUUGAAGCUGUGACACAAAUUGGUCACAACUGCAGAACAGGAGGCUUUGACCCUCUCUCCCUAUUGCACCCCCGUACGCCUGGCUACUGCAGCACAUGUGGUGCCUUUGAUUACGCAGCAUUCUGAAGGCCCUGGAGCUCACCAGGGAAACACAGGGCAAAUGAGUGAUAUGGGUCCUGCCUUAGGUUUGGUUUUCCUCAGGAGUGCUCAGGGAAUUGAUAACAGGGCACAGAGCCUUUGACCUCUAGGCCACCAGCUCAGCUACCAUUUUAAUUCUUACUGAAGCCCAGGGCAAGAUUCUCUCUGGCUUGAGUGAGAGGCAGAUCCAGUCCAAAGUCAGCAGCGCUGAUAGUUACCACCAUCUUCUGGCUCUGGGGAGUGGCCUGUGUGAAAUGAGUCUCUGGCCGGUUCCUAUGAGACGGGUGUGCACAGGACAGGAAUAACCCUUGCAUUUGGCACCGAGUUGUCAGCAGAGUGGCCAAGCUCCAAAUGGGCACGGAGAGCAAGCUCCCCUUUUACUCCCAGGCAUAUUGAUGGGAGAUAGUGGGAGAAGGCUCCUCCCUACUGCCCAUACAGUAGCUCUUUUGUCGGUAGCUAGAGACCCUCCGUCUGCCAAGCUCCCGAGCCAGCACUUCAACAGCUAUUCUUUUGUAGAGUUUAGAUUUCCUGACUGUGGCCCAUGUGUGUCACCUUUACCAUUUGUCUGGUUUUCAUUUCUCUAGUGAAAGUUGCAAACCCCUGGUGAUUCCCGUGGCCCCAUUCAGCAAGGCACUGAAGCACAUGUUUUACGUGAGUCCCAUUGACUUUGCUGAAUUGGGGCCCUGAGAAUGACUGUGCCUUACUCUCUCUAGGUACCUGUCUCGUCUGUGUGUGCAGCAUCUGUCUCGUGCCUGUUGUAUAUAAGGCUAUGGAAUAAUUACCCAUUAGAGUUACUGGGCCAAUAUUUCUUUUGUCCGUAUGCUUAAAAAAACCAAAAAGGCCCUGUCCCUCCAGGAACUGGAACUUUUAAGGAAAGUCAAUUUAUUUGACCCCCUAACAGCAAAAGCUAUGUCUACACUACAGACUUCUGCCAGCAUAGAAAUAUUGGGAAGAGAUGUGAUCCCUGACCAGCAUAGCUGUGCUGGCCAAGGUCUAUAGUGUAGACGCAAUUAUACAAGCAAAACUGUCCUGUUACCCGUGUAGCUUGUUUCACUUGGGCGGUGUGGUUUCACUAUACUGAUACAAAGCACAGCUUUGCUGGUAGAGCUGUGUCCAUAAGGAGCGCUUUGCUGGUAUAGCAUACCAGUAUUCCUACACCGGUAAUGCGCUCCUAGUGUAGACAAGGCCUAACUCACACCAAGGCCAAUAGGACCACUGGAGUGACAGAGACUAGCAGGAAUUGGCUCUAGUUGGUCACAUUGGCUAUUAUGCUCUGUCAGAUGAGAACAGACUUUUGCAGCAUGCGCCUCAUCACAGCAGUGCCCUGUAAUUAUUAGUAUCAUCUAGGGCAGUGCCCUGACGCUGCUUAAUAAGCCCAUGGAUGGGAGGAUUGACUUAACACUGAAAUGCUUUAACUAAUAAUUAAAUGCUCCAGAGAGGAAGCACAAAUGUCGUUUGCCAAACCAGUGCUGGAGUUAGCCUGUAGAACAGCAUGAUAGAGGCAUCAGGGAGAUCUUUCAUGAUUGUGUCACUUUUUGAUUUGUCCAUUACUUGCAUGUUGUAUUUUUUAUUCCUGUGGUUGAAUUUGGUGCGUUUUAUGCACAGUUCUCCUCAUCCAGUCAGUCAGAGCUUCACACUAGCCUGAGCGGUUCUCGGGAUACAGGGCCCUGCUAUUUGUUUCCCCUUGACUUGAAAUCUCAGGAAUGUUUUCUUCACAGGGUGCAAGUCCGUUACCUCCCCCUGUGCUUUGCCAGAGACGGGCAUUACCGAUUUCACCCUCAGCUCUGCACCUGUGCCCCGCACUCAGCACAAGAAGGAAGGAUCAUGUGGGGAUUUAAACUUGUACCAAGUCUUCAUGUUAGUCUAUGGAACAUGCUGCUGAGCUGUCUGAAGAGGGAGUGCAGUAUCUGGGAGGCUAAUUCCUGGUCCAGAUUAAGGCUUUGAAUCAGAGCAGAGGCGAUAACACAGGAGAUUUAUAAACUCCCACCUAUGAAUUUUGUUUGCCUUUCCUUUUGGUCUAUCUAUAUAAUGCAAAUCUAGAUUAAACCCACUCUGCAAAGAACUGAUGCCUCAGACACCUCAAUCAGCAAACACUUUAUAUUGUGCUUGCCUAUGAAUUUUGUGGGCUUGAUCUUGACCCCUCCAAAAUCAAUGGGAGUUUUGCCACUGAGUUUAAAGGGAGCAGGAGCAGGUCCUAUGUGUAAGUUUUAAAAUCAACACUGCUGCCCUUAUGCUUCAUUUUACCCUUUCUUUAGACCUGUUUCUACUGGCAUCAGUGUCAAAACUCCCAUUCAAUUUGAUGGGAACAGGAUCAAGUCCUUUGUCAAUAAAAUCAGUCACCCUAGCGUCCCAUGUUAUCACAUUAGCCAGGAUCCUAGAAAGCAAUGAUAGGAAAAAACCCCAAAUACUUUUGUUGACUAUCUUCUUGUUUACAUAGUUCAUGUAUAUCUGCCAAGUCAUGAAUGUUAUGGAAUGACACUGCACUGAACCAUUCCACAUGGGAAUCUCUGCUGUGGCAGGAUCACACCCAGGACGUCCAUUCCCUGGCACACGUUCUUGAGCUUCUCUAUGUUAUCAGGGCGAUGCCUUUGCCUCAGCUGUUGUUCACGG